AUGGGCGCCAUAUGGAAGUGGGAUUCACUGCCUCCACCGUCACCACCAUCUCCCACUUUGAGGCAACCGUGGAGAGAUGUGAAGUGGGGAAAACCAGUGAAGGAUGACCUUCUCCGGUUUGUGGAGAACUACCAGUGUGGUAGUGAGGUGACACAUAUCAGGAUUAUGCUCUAUGGGCCGGUAGCAACUGGGAAAUCCAGCUUUGUCAACUCUGCCACCACUGCUGUGCUCGGCCGGAUGGCCAUCGGAGCUGGAACCAACAGAGGCGAUGAAAGAACACAGAGAAGUUACACCACACAGUACAAAGUUCACAAAAUCAGAAGAGGAAGAGAAGUUCCACGAGUCUACUACCCUGUGGUCUUCAAUGACAUCAUGGGCCUGGAAGACGGAGAAGAAAUUGGAGUUUGUCCUCAAGACAUCGAUCUGGUCAUGAAGGGACAUGUAAAGGAAGGUUACCAUUUCAAUCCCAGACAUCCACUGUCACCUACUAACAGUGAGUUCUACAACCCCUGUCCAAAUCUGAGUGACCGAGUCCAUGUCCUGGUUUGUGUCCUGUCUGCUAAUGUACCCGGCAUUCCAACCUCAAUAAUCCAAAAGAUGAAGGAAGUCAGAGAGAGAGCCCACCAGCUUGGGAUUCCCCAGGUGGCCAUACUGACCAACAUUGACAGUGCCUGUCCAGAAACCCAAAAGGAUGUUCAGAACGUCUACCAGAGCAAGCAUCUGCUCAGAAAGAUGGACGCUUUCAGCUCCACAGUGGGAAUCCCAAUCAACUGCAUCUUCCCUAUCAAGAACUACAGUGAAGGAAACAACGAAAAAGAUGAAGACAUGGACACACUGAUCCUGACAGCACUGAAGCACAUGCUCAACUUUGCAGAUGACUUUAUUGAUAGUGUGUCUGACUGAGAUGAGCCUGUUUCACUGUGUUUAAUGAGGCCGUCGUCUUAAA